AAAGUCAGAAACACAAACAGCAUCUCAGAAAGAGAGGGAAAUAACAAGUUUGAGUUUCGCUUCUGGUCGUAAUCAACACUCAACUCUUGAAGAGGAUCCCGCGCCUGUCAGUUGCCACCUAGCUCCCUAGCUCUAACCGAAACCUCCACUCCCUAGUGCACCGACCCCAUCUCUCUCUCUCUCUCUCUAUCCAUCUAUCUUUCUCCUCUCUGUGAAUGUUAAUGGAAGCUGGGACUCUAGUCUUAUCCAGCUAGAGUAUAGAGCCUCCAAAAACCUAGGUUUCUUUCUCCAUUAGGUCAAAUUCUCUGCCAUUAAAUCAUUUGUUACGUUUUCAUUGGUGUGCUGAUGGCAAUUGAUCAGAACUCUAUACCGAAGGAUCUCCGGCCAUUGAACGUAUCUCGGACGGUUGCCGAAGAGCCUCGCAUUGCUGCUACUUUGGCGGCAGGGAGGAACGUCGAGGGAUAUUUGCCGAAUUCGAUUCGUGACGUUGGUAGCCCUAGGUAUAGACCACAGCCGCCGCCGCCUUAUUAUCCGGCGACGGUUUCCGAAACCGGAUAUGUAGGUUUAGGGUUUGGCUAUCCGGCGAAUCCAGGGAUGGCUUUGUUUCCUCGUCCACCUGUACCGGUUGGUAGCGGCACUGCUGUCACGAGUGCAUAUGCUGAAUUCUCCAAUGUUGGGAGCCGGGUGGGAGGUAAUGCGGCGGAGCAGGCGAGUGAGGAGGGCGGGGAGGAGUCGGUUUCGGGGAAGAAAGUUAAGUUCUUGUGCAGUUUUGGAGGCAAGAUUUUGCCGAGACCCAGUGAUGGGAUGUUGAGAUAUGUCGGAGGCCAGACUAGAAUCAUUGCUGUGAGGAAAGAUGCUAGUUUUCAAGAGCUGGUGCAGAAGAUGACGGACACCUACGGUCAACCUGUGCACAUCAAAUAUCAACUCCCUGAUGAGGAUCUUGAUGCUCUUGUAUCGGUUUCUUGUCCGGAAGAUCUUGAGAACAUGAUGGAGGAGUAUGAGAAGCUCGUUGAAAACUCUUCAGAUGGAUCCGCGAAGCUUCGGGUGUUUCUGUUCUCUGCCUCUGAACUCGACUCGUCUGGUCUUGUGCAUUUUGGUGAUUUGCAGGAUGGCGGGCAGAGGUAUGUGGAUGCUGUGAAUGGAAUUCGCGACGGUGUUGGGGGUGGGAUUACAAGAAAAGAGAGUACAGCUAGUGCAGCGUCCACACAGAAUUCUGAUAGUUUGAUAAGUGGGGGUGAUGCCGCCGAUAGUUUCGGUCCCGGUCACGGGGAUGGUGGUGGGCCAUUCUCCCCGGGCGUGCUAUCUCCUCGAGCUGUUGCUACUUCUCAGGAUGCCGCCACAAGAUUGUUGUACAGCGGUCCAAAUCCUGUUAUUUAUACUGAUGCUUCCGCAGUGCCUUUGGGUCAUCCUCCAGUCACGACGGUUCCACUUCAGUCUUCUAGACCGGAGUUUGAGUUACAAAGACAGAUGCCUUCUAUGGGGCAGCAGCAUCAGGUAUUGGGGUAUGAUUUGCAGCAACCUUCUGGAAUGGAAAUUCAACCCUCUGCCGCUUAUGUUCAUGCUUACGUCGAUCCUCACCAGGAAGCCUUCAAUCGUGUGGAUCAUCCACAACUGCCUCCCCAAAUUGGCUAUACAAAUCCUCAGAUGUUGGGUAUUGCAGGGUCAGCCAGCAGGCUUGCUGAUCACCCACAACAGGUCCGGGAUAAUGCAUCUGGUGUUCCUUCUCAUCAGUUUAUUCCUGCAGUAAAUAUGACAAUGGCUUCCUCAUCUCCUUAUGUUAAUACAAAACAGAACGGAAUGCAACAAUUUGUGCAACCUCAGCAAACACGAGUGGAGCCUUAUCCAGAAGAGAAUUCAGCUAGGCAUAAGGUAUUUCAGGUUCCCGUUGAUCAGAAUUAUAAAGCUUAUCAGGCUCAUCUACAUCCUCCCCAGGCCUCAGUCCAAUUGCAGGCGGGAGUUUAUGGUUGGCAUCAGGUACCACCUACAGAUCAUGUGGUGUUCUCUGAAGGUUGGGUACCUCAUCAACAGGGAAGCUUUCCUGACAAUGUUUUGAGACCGGACAUGUGCCAAACAUCGUUGCCCCAUGUACAUUCGGACACUUUGAUACAGCAGUGCAGGAAUGGCUCUGCGAGUACUGUUUCUCACUCGAAUGUGGUUUUUCACAGUCUCCACUCAGAGGACAAUAUGAGGCCUGGGCCAACAGACAGAGCAACAGAAACUGGAAUAUUGGGGGAGGGCAAGGCUGAACACCAAGGAAAUGGGAUUCGGCCAAGAGUUGUGGGACAUUUGGAUCCUGAGGUGCCCACACCUCCACAAGGAAUACCUCGAUUUGCUCAGAAUCUAGAGAGCCAACAUGAUAAUGGGAGGAUUCUAGUCCAAAAACUGGGCAACCCUGAUAAUCUUAAGACGUUAUUUCCCUCUGGUUUGAUGGGAUUCCCAGGUGAUUUACAGUCUUGUGGUGUAAUUCCUGGUAAUAUCCCUCAGUCCCGCCAAGAAGAUCUUCUGCAGCAGCCUUCAGUGCCACUCCAACAUCAAGUUAAACAAGAAACUUUGAUGAACAAACCGGCUGGUACUAAUGUUCCUCCUGUGAGAGUUGUGUCUUACGAAACUUCACAACCCUUGGUUCAUGAAUCUGUCGCAGAAUACUCUGGUAAGCUUCCUGGCCUUGUCCCAAAAGAAGACAAAUCAGACUCUUGCAUUUCAUAUGACCAUCUUAGAACAAUUGACACAAAAAUGGAAGCAAUUCAUAUAAGUCCACCUGAGGUUUCUGGCUACAAAGAGCAAAGUAGAUUACCCUUUGAUAGACCUAAAGUUGGAGGGAAGGAAAUGUUUGUUACUAGUGACUUUACCAAAACUGGAAUUGCUUCUGAUGGGAAUCAUAUUAAGACAAUUGAAAAGCUUCCGGUUUCCUCCUUGGAGGUUGUGUACACACAUAAUAUUCAACCUGUAGGGCUGACUCAAGUAGCACCACAUCCUACAGUGGGUCAUUUGGGACCACAAAGACAUCUAAAGAAUGGAAAUCCACAUGUGGCUUCUGAUGAAAUAUGGCAUGGUAAGCCUGCAUUCUCAGGCAUUGAUUCAUCCCAUGCCACAGAUAGGAUCUCACCUGUUUGUGAAUGGAAGGAUGGAGCUUCAUGGUUCCAGUCAGGGAUGGUCCCUAAUGAUGCAGUAUUUGGCCCUUCAAGUGGUAAUGCCUCGUCUGCUUUUUCUCCACCCAGUGGGGUGGUUGGGGAUAAUUGGGAUUGUGCUUCCUCCAACUCACUUUUCAGCAACCAGGAUCCAUGGAGUUUGCGACAUGAUUCACAAUUCCCACCUCCAAGACCCGUCAAGGUGCUGACAAGCAAAGAAGCCUUAGUCAAAAGGGAUGGUAGUGGACAUUCAGGUGCAAAAAUGCAAUUUGAGGAAGCAGUUCUUCACCAGCCAUCAGGGAAUCUGAACAAGGAUUUGGGCUCUGAACAACUUCGGUCGGCCAAAGUUGAGAAAUCUUUUGGUGCAGCCGAUGAACAUAUCAAGCAGGAACUUCAGGCUGUUUCCGAAGGUGUUGGUGCUUUUGUUCUUCAGUCAUCUAUACCUUCUAAUCCUGACUUUUCUGCCCAUGAGAUGAAUCAAUCAACUUCUGAAGCCAACAGAGACAGAGAAGUUCAAGAUAAUGAUGGUGAAGGGCAGAAUAGAUCCAAAAUUGAGGACAUCAAGACCAAAUUACCAGAUAAGACAUAUCUUGGUUUUCCAAUUUCAGAUGGAAUUGGUCGCUUGCAGAUAAUCAAGAACAGUGACCUUGAAGAAUUGAGAGAACUAGGUUCUGGCACCUUUGGUACUGUGUAUCAUGGAAAAUGGAGAGGUUCUGAUGUUGCCAUCAAGAGAAUCAAUGAUAGAUGCUUUGCUGGGAAACCAUCAGAGGAAGAACGCAUGAGACAUGAUUUUUGGAAUGAGGCAAUCAAGCUUGCCGACUUGCACCAUCCAAAUGUGUUGGCUUUCUAUGGUGUUGUGCUGGAUGGCCCUGAGGGCUCUGUUGCAACAGUAACAGAAUACAUGGUUAAUGGAUCAUUGAGAAAUGCUUUGCAAAAGAGUGAUAAGACCCUUGACAAGCGUAAACGCCUCUUAAUUGCAAUGGAUGUUGCCUUUGGGAUGGAGUACCUGCAUGCCAAGAAUAUUGUUCACUUUGACUUAAAGAGUGACAACCUACUUGUCAAUCUUCGAGAUCCUCAUAGGCCAAUUUGCAAGGUUGGUGAUUUGGGUCUCUCAAAAGUGAAAUGUCAGACCCUUAUCUCAGGUGGUGUUCGGGGAACACUACCAUGGAUGGCACCGGAGCUUCUAAAUGGCAGCAGCAAUCUGGUCUCUGAGAAGGUUGAUGUGUUCUCCUUUGGCAUUGUAAUGUGGGAACUUCUUACUGGAGAAGAGCCAUAUGCAGAUUUGCACUAUGGAGCAAUCAUUGGCGGUAUCGUGAGCAACACCUUGAGGCCUCCGGUGCCAGAAACUUGUGAUCCAGAGUGGAGAUCACUGAUGGAGAGAUGCUGGUCAUCAGACCCAUCAGAGAGACCAAGCUUCACAGAGAUUGCAAAUCAAUUACGGUCUAUGGCAGCAAAUCUUCCUCCGAAAGGACAAGCCCAACAACUCUCCCCUACACAACCACAGACACAAAAAUGAUUUCCAGAAAGCAUAUUCUUACAGUAUUCUCAUUUCCUUUGUUCUUUUAUGUCAUUGUACUUUUCUUACAGUUGAAGAGCUAUCCACCUUGCACAAAGGUUACAGGUUAGGUGGACCGAUUUUGAAUAGAUAUUGUAGUUCUCAAAUGUUUGCACCUACGGUUUAUUUGAUAUCAUAUGUAUAAAAUAGUGUGUACAUGACCUUGUUAUUUUGUCCCUUAGCAGAAAAUCUCACUCUUAGACA